GCUGCCUGACUGUGUGCAUGUGCAGAGGUGAAGCUCCAUCUGACCCUGUCCUGAAGGGGCUACUGUUUGUGCUUCUGUGGACACUCUAUGCGGCUCAAGGUCAGAACAGCUCCACACUGCAUGAGAGGCGAGCGCACGUUCCACCGCUGUCAUCACUCUGGAGUAUAGUUAUGGCGGCCAGGACUCUAAGGAGGAUGUAGGCCUUCAGACUGUCACUUCUCAGGCUUGUCCCGUGAACAGUGGGAGCGGAAUGGGCCCAGCGUCCUUGCAGCAAGAGAGACACACAAGAAAAGAUAAGCCUAAAGGAGAGAUGGACAGUUACCACAGUCUUUUACAAGCUUCCUCUCAGCUCCAGAGCACUCUGCAGCAGGUGACGGUCCCUGUCAGCAUGAAGGAAGUAGGAGGCUUCAUAGAGAAGCAGGUGGCCUACUUGUCAGGGGGCCGUGGGGAGGACUCCAGUGUCAUAAUCACACUCCCAGAAUGCUCAGCGUUCAGCGACAUUCCUGAAGAAGCUUUAGCCAAAGUCUUUACAUACCUCACACUCAUUCCCCGAAAAAGGCAACCUGGAGUCAAGUUCAUCAUCAUUUUAGAUCGAAGACUGGACACUUGGCCGUCCAUUAAAACUGCACUUGCAAGAAUAUCAGCAUCCUUUCCCGGCAACCUUCACCUGGUCCUGGUACUGAGGCCCACCAGCUUUUUCCACCGCACUGUCACCGACAUUGGUUUCCGCUUCAGUCAAGAGGACUUCAUGCUUAAGAUGCCAGUGGUCAUGCUGAGCUCUGUCACAGACCUACUUCGCUACAUUGAGGAAAACCAGCUCACGUCGGAGUUUGGAGGCACAUUAGACUACUGCCACAGCGACUGGAUUGUGUUACGAACAGCCAUUGAGAGUUUUGCUGUGACCGUGAAGGACAUAGCUCAUAUGUUACAGACUUUUGGCACUGAAGUGGCUGAGACGGACCUACCAAAUGAAGCAAAAAACACUGAGUGCCUUCUUGAAUCCCAAACGAACAAAUACAGGAAACUGAAGGAUGCAAUCAGAACUGUGUCAAAAGAGGGCUGUCAUCUGCUCUCAAAUCUACAAUCCUCUGGCAAAGGAGACUCUCACUGGGAUGUGCGGCUGGACACAGAAACGGUGCAGAGACUUCUAACUCAGCUCAGAGACAUGGAGUCUGCCUUUGAUGGUUUCUUUGAAAAGCAUCACCUGAAACUACAUCAGUACCUACAGUUAUUGAGAUACGAGCAGAGCUUCCAGGAGAUGGAGAUGUGUCUGGAGCACCUUUUGACUCAGGAGAAGGACCUGCCUUCAUCUGUUGACAAUCUCCCUCAAGCAGAGCAGGCUCUUAAAAAGAUAGACACACUCCAGUCAAGUGCAGUCGAUGUGAUGUCUCGGGCCCAGAUCAUAAUCCUUCAUGGGCACCAGCUGUCUGCCAGUCACCACUAUGCCAUGGCUCUCAUUAUGCAGCGCUGCAACGAGCUGCGCCACCACUGCGAUACUCUGAACGCUGCUCUUAAAACCAAACACACCCGUCUACUGCAAGCCCACCAGCUGCUGCUCUGUCUGGGAAAGGCCCAGACGUGGUGUGAUGAUGGAGCUUAUCUGCUGGCUAGUCAAGUUGGAAAUAAGUACCAGUCUAAAGAAGGAGCUCAAUCUGCUCUAAAGGAUAUUGAGAACUUCCUGCAGGGGGCACCGUCAGUACUGAACUCGGGACCUGAGAUUGUAGCUAUUGAAUAUGAGGCUGUUAUUACUCCACAUCUGCAGUCUCAAAUACAAAAAACUUUUGAGAAAUAUGCAACAGUGCAGCAAAUGAUUCAGAAUCGACAGAACUGCUUAAGGAAACUGGCAGACAAGCACAUACGACCGGUGCAGCUUGUGGCGCCAAGAGCUGAGAACUCUCCACGCUCCAAGUCACCUCUCUUCUCUCCUAAGAACAGUGAUGGUUUGAAGUUCACAUUUGACCUUUCACUACCUGGAAAAAGGACAUCAAAAAAGGGCAUCAACCCUAGAAAGAUUGAAGUGAUCCACGACUACCAGGAGAGCCGGAGUUGUUUGUCAUACAGUGUUGAGGGAGAGGACAGCCUAGACGUCCUAAAGCGACGUGUGAUGAGGGAACUCAUAGAGACUGAGAGGAUCUAUGUGGAGGAGCUUCUGUCUGUGCUGUUGGGUUAUAGAGCUGAAAUGGAAAACCCAGCUCUGUCUAGCCAUCUGCCUCUGGAUUUGAUUAGCAAGAAAAACAUUCUCUUUGGAAAUAUGCCUGAGAUCUACAAUUUUCACAGCAGGGUUUUCCUACAGGAUCUUGAAGCUUGCCUUGAGACCCCAGAAGCUGUGGGUGCCUGUUUUCUAGAGCGGAAAGACUGUUUUCAGAUGUAUGAGUGCUACUGUCACAAUAAACCACAUUCAGACGCUUUGUGGAGGCAGUUUUCCGACUGUGUAUUCUUCCAAGAAUGCCAGAAAAAACUAGAGCACAAACUGGGCCUUGAUUCUUACUUACUAAAACCAGUCCAGCGCCUGACUAAAUACCAACUACUCCUCAAGGAGCUGCUGAAAUACUGUAGCACAGGCUCUGAGGGAACAUCAGAUCUGCAAGAAGCUUUAAAUGCAAUGUUGGAUUUAGUCAAGUCAGUAAACGACUCCAUGCAUCAAACAGCCAUCACAGGAUAUGAGGGAGACCUGUGUGAGCUGGGCAGGAUGCUAAUGCAGGGGUCCUUCAGUGUGUGGAUCAGCCACAAGAGAGGUGCCACCCGAAUGAAAGAGUUUGCUCGCUUCAAACCCAUGCAGAGGCACCUGUUCCUCUACGAGAGGGCCCUGCUCUUCUGUAAACGGCGCGAGGAACACGGAGACGGCUGUGAUAAGACGCCUUCAUACAGCUUUAAACACUGUCUCAAGAUGACUGCUGUGGGAAUCACAGAGAAUGUAAAAGGAGAUGUCAAAAAGUUUGAGAUCUGGUACAGCGGCAGAGAGGAGGUCUAUGUGAUUCAGGCUCCUACUCCAGAGGUAAAAGCAGCAUGGCUGAAUGAACUGCGCAGAAUACUAACAAACCAGCAGAAGCUCCUUAGAGAUGAGGCUUAUCAACACGGCCCUAUGUGUGGACUCAUGCAGCUCUCUCCAGCUCUGUCAGAGAGCAAGCAGCAGAGGGCAUCGGUGAGCUCAGAGGAAACAGAGUCAGGCCGCAGCAGUCCAGACCCUCAGCCUAGUUCUCCAAAACAGCAAAAUCGCAGGAGUUGGCCAGGAGCUCAUCACACCACAGACACAUGUGAGGCUGUGGACGAGUGGUCUGCAGAUACUGAUCCUUUCCAGCUGUGUGACUCAGAGGCAGCUUCUCUGCUGACACUGACCCCAGGCAGUUAUAAGGCUUUGGCAGACUGUCCUCAGAAUGGAACUAAAAGCAUCACCAUCAAGUCUGGAGACAUCCUUCAGCUGCAGCAGGAGGACAAGCCCAGUCUAUGGCUUGUGAAAAACCUCAGCCAGCAACAGGAGGGCUUCAUGUCCACAGCCAGCUUGCAGUCAGUGUUGGUACCUUUUGCUAGAGGUCAGUCAUGCAGACUAGGAGAGCCUGCUUCUCUAAAGAUGAGAAAGCUCAGCUCUCCAUAGACUGGAUGCAGUCUGACCGUGAAUUGUCUGAGGAGCUGAGUUUGAGCUGUCUGCUCUUUCACUGUGGUGCUGACUGGGCUUUUGCUGUAGUUUACACAUAAAGGCAAUCCUUGGACAAUCAACAGCCGAGCUGUGAACACUGACUUUGUUACUGAAUCAGAAACACACUGGAUGUUUUUGCUCCAGACCUUCUUUUUCUGACCAUUUUUCCAUUGCAGCUAAUUCUCAAGAAGUCUAUUUGUAUUUGCACAUCUAAGAUUUUUUUUACAUGUUUUAUAUUUUUCUAUGUAAA